UUAGAAAGCAUGGCGGAUGCGGACUCUCUGCAUGAUAUGAGCUCGGACUUAGAUCAAGAUCAAAGCGCUGUAGACGCUGAUGUCGACGACGAUGAAGUUUCCGAGCAAGGACUUGAAGCUGCGUCUAGGAAGAAAAAUAAGAAAUUUCUUAAAAAGAGGAAACACAAGGAUAUUGAAAGGUCAAGUGGUGACUCAGACAGUCAGAUAGUCAAUGAUGAUGAAGAUCACGGUGUCAGGGUUCCCAUACUGCAUGACCAGAACGAACAAAACCAAUCAGGAAUGGAGGCUGACUCAGAAAGUCAAGGAUCUGGAUCAAAAGGAUCAGAAAAUGGACAGAAAAAGGAAGCUUCAGGAGCUUCGGGUCCACUAACAGAGGAUGCACCAGAGACAUCACUGUCGGGGUUACAGAGGAUACAGAAGGCUGUUGAGCUACUUUCAAUGACUCCAGCUGCACCUAAAAGUAUGGAAGAGGCAUCCAAGAAACGCUACCAGUUCUGGGAGACCCAGCCAGUACCAAAGAUAAAUGAGAAGAUCCAGACGAGUGUGAAUGAGGCCAUAGAAUUGGAUAAACCUGAGGAUGAGAUCCGGGGUGACGCAUAUUCCCUCCCCGGGGGCUUCAGAUGGGAUACCCUCGACUUGUGUGACCCCCUCAUUUUGAAAGAGCUGUAUACCCUACUGAAUGAGAACUAUGUAGAGGAUGAUGACAACAUGUUCCGCUUCGACUAUUCUCCAGAAUUCUUACAGUGGGCGCUGCAGCCUCCAGGCUGGUCUAAGGACUGGCAUUGUGGGGUGAGAGUUAUCAAGAACGACAAGCUCUGUGGGUUCAUCAGUGCCGUCCCGGCAAACAUCAAGAUGUAUGAUAAAUCAAAACAAAUGGUAGAAAUAAAUUUCUUGUGUGUCCACAAGCGACUUCGAUCAAAGCGGGUGGCUCCAGUUCUGAUUAGGGAGAUAACUCGUCGUGUCCACAUGAAGGGACUUUUCCAGGCAGUGUAUACUGCAGGAGUGGUCCUACCAAAACCGGUGGCCUGUUGUAGAUAUUGGCACAGAUCUUUAAAUCCUAGGAAAUUAAUUGAAGUGAAGUUUUCACACCUAAGUAGGAACAUGACUAUGCAGCGGACACUCAAAUUGUACAAACUCCCAGAUACCCCCAAAACACCCGGAUUUAGGAAGUUUACCCCAGCAGAUAUCCAAGACGUACAUGCUUUGUUAUCUACUUAUUUGCAGGGACUAGAUUUAGCACCAGUAUUUUCUAUGGAGGAGUUCAAGCACUGGUUUAUACCCAGGCCGGGAAUCAUUGAUAGCUAUGUAGUGGAGAGGGAUGGAAUAGUGACUGACUUUGUCAGCUUCUACACGCUACCGUCGACUGUGAUGCACCACCCAACCCACAAGUACUUGAAGGCGGCCUACUCCUUCUACAAUGUCAGCACAAAGACGCCCUGGAUGGAACUGAUGCAGGACGCACUUAUUGUUGCAAGGAGUAUGGGAUUUGAUGUAUUUAACGCCUUAGAUUUGAUGGACAAUAAAGAAUUUCUGGAAAGGCUUAAGUUUGGCAUCGGUGAUGGAAACCUACAGUAUUACCUGUACAACUGGAAGUGUGCCCAGAUGAAUCCAGAACAGGUUGGUUUAGUGCUACACUGAUGAAAAACCUAAGGGACAACUUCCAUUGGACAAAAACCAAGAAAAUCCUUGAGUCUGUCGAACAGUCCUUCUCAGCAUUAGGAGAUGUGUUGUUACCUGACUAUACAGAGCUAAGCAUGCUACAAUAUACCACUAUCUUAAUGCUGUACGAAGGGAUGUCAAUCUUAACCUUGGAUCCUAUGAUUUAUGGCGUGCACUGUUUGAGGUCAACGAAAAACGUGUGUUGGUUGUGUAGAACAAACACCAAACAAUAUUGAAAAAACUUCACCAGAAUUGUGGUUGGGUGGUUACUGGAAAAACCACACAUUGUCAUAAAAUUCCUCUAUAUAUACAUUAUAUAUGCUUGUGUAUAUGUAUUGGAAGGGAUUUUUAUUUGAUUGUGCUUUACCGAGUUGAAAGAAGACUGUCAAAAGAACGGGUGAUCUUGAUUACAAAAAAACAUAACUGAUAUUUAUUGUUAAUACGUGAGAGGGAAUACAUGUAUUAACUUAACUUUUGGAUAUUAUUAGGAAGGGCCAGGCCAGCAAGGCUAUUCAUGUCCAAUAUGUCGGGAGUUCAUUCAUUUUUCCAUGUUUGUUAUCAAUGAGAGCAAGGCAAAAAAUCUUGAUUGUGUUAGACAACCUAGCUGCAUUAAAUGGUACCUACAUACUGGUACGUUUAUUUAGUGAAUAUGUACAAAACUGGCAUUCCUUACACUAAACCACUGUAGCAUGGUCAGCUUCUGGCUUUGAUAUAGGUGAUGCCAUUAUUCUUUUUGAAAUAGUGAGAUUUUAAAAAACUGAUUCAGUGUAAUUAAGGAUAAGCUCGAUUUUGUGAAACGCUUUUUUCUAUUUCAGUAAAAGGAGAACAAAGUUGCUUAUAAUUCCCAAAUGUUUAGAUACAUGACUUGGCUGAUUUUGUUCAGUCUGUGUAGAGCUACAGAUAAUUUCGACAUAUAUGAAAAUGAACUGUAGCAUAAAGUUGAAAUUUUCUACUCUCUAAUCUUAAUGCAGAAGAGAAUAACACUAAGUGUUCUGUGAUACCAUAAUGGAAUGGUUUUGAUUGUGUCCAUAACACAUUCCAGACACUAGAGUUUGGUAUGAGGUCUAUUAACUCAUUCACCCCUGCAUAUUUAAACUGGACUUGCCUAGCCUAUGAUUUGGUAAGGUUCAAAUGUGACUUUAGCGGUGAAUGGGUUGAAGAGGAUAUUUCUUGAAUAGUGCAUAAGGAAUUUCAUAAACUUAUAUUUAAAAAAUACCUAGAAAAUAAGUGUCUGAACAAUUCUUGUCAUUCAGUCAUUUUUGUCCUAUGACUGUUUCCAGAAUUGAUAUCAAAUACCCUAUUACUCUAAAGAACAUUUUUCCAUAGUCCAAGCAUAUUUGAUGUUAGAAUAUAAUAUUAUUUGCCUUUGAAAGGAUAGUAACAGUGUUUGAGAGAAAAUGUGAAUAAGUGUGGCUUAUUGCACAUCAUCACUACUACACAAAGUGUACAGAUUUUAAGGCAAGGUACUUGUCAGCAUUCAUACACCAUGGUCUACGAUCCAUAGAUUUUGUUAUAUUGUGACAUCAGGUCAGACAUUGAGGCUGCUUUCUUAAUUACAAAGUGUGUGGAGGUUUGUACUGUUGCAAUAAGUGUGAUGAAUUUAUACAUGCCAUGGAAAUGAUGUCAUAAUUUACUAGUACACAUAGUCUCUUAAUGGACUGGAACCUCGUUAGUUGUGACAAUGUUGUCAGAGUAGUGUCCUUGUUACUCUAGGGGCUACAUCACUCACUGAUGUGCUCUGCACUCCUGGAGCAUGUAAUGGCAAAAUGGAAGGCCCGGUGCUAGCUAUCCGACUGGUCUAGAUCUCGAGUAAAAGAACAAACUAACCAGUAGCAAGGUUGAUAGCUGUCCUUUGAAGACUACAGAGGCUUGACACCUGACUCAGAUGUUGCCAUUAACUCUUUCACCCCUGAAGCACAUUUGAACUCUUCCAAUUCAAAGGUUGGAAUAGUUCAUUAUGAAAUUUCAGGGGUGAAAGAGUAAUAAGCUACUGCACAGUUCUGUUCGAUGUAUAUCAAAGAAUGAAACUAGUCUAACUUGUAUCAUCCACACGAUGGCAUGUACAGCGCCUUCGGUUAUGCUACAAAUUGUUCCAGAGGUGCCAAAAACAUAAGUGAGAUUAUCUGCAGGUAUUUCACAGAUGGAACCUCACUAAUCACAGCAAUGUAGUCAUAGUAGUAGAAAAACCAGAUGUGAUUAUCAUUUCUAGUGAAGCGAGGUAAUGUAAAUUGAUUGUUGUAACUGUUAAUGAUUUGUACCUGUGAUCCAGUUUGAGCUUUCUCUGCUUAUUCAUGCAUGUCAGUACUGUUUUCAUUAUUGAUAUACUGAAAACUGGGAUAUUUCGCUGCAGUUUAAUUUUCGCCUUGUUUGCCCUCUCAUAGUGAAGGGGAACUUAUCAUUACAGGGAACAUUUGUAAACAAAAUAAUUAACAUAGUCAUUAAAUUUGAAUGGCAAUUUUAAUAUUGGGCGAAAAUGGAUUUUACCGGCGAACGGCGAAAGUUUGACUGGGCAAAAAUGUCCCUGUUUGCAGUAGAGCAUUCAACAUGGAAUUGGAUAUCAAGUAAUUUUGUCCAUUUUGGAUUCCAGAACAUGUGUUACGAUUUCAUUUUUCAAGAUUUAUUUUUUGGUAUCAACUUUUAAAUUGAGCUUGAUAACAUGGAUUCUGUUUUUUAUCAGGGUUUUGAUUAAUACUCUCCUGUAAUUUUGAGUAGAUGUUCUUAUGUGAAAAACAAAUGGAAAAGAACAAAUGUCUGUAAAAGACAUGUAUUUGCCUAUAACACAUCUUUGUCAAAAUCUUCAGAGAGUUAGGUGUUGUUGACAAGGUCUGAAGGUCUGAAUAGGUUAACAGGGUCAACAUAAUAUUUAGAGAUUGGUGUAGUUGACAUAAUCUUUAGAGAUUGGUGUAGUUGACAUACAGGUAAUAUUGAGAGGUCAGUGUAGUAAACAUAAUCUUUAGAGAUUGGUGUAGUUGACAUACAGGUAAUAUUGAGAGGUCAGUGUAGUUGACAUACUCUUUAGAGAUUGGUGUAGUUGACAUACAGGUAAUUUUGAGAGGUCAGUGUAGUUGACAUAAUCUCAACAGGUUAGUGUGUUUGACAUACAGGUAAUAUUGAGAGGUCUCUGUAGUUGACAUACUCUCAACAGGUUCUGAAAACAUCUUUCCAAAUGAUGUAGAAAUGGUCAUUAAAGUCAUGAUCAAUGAUGAGUAGAAAGUGUGUAUGUUCUGAUUGGUUUAUAUGUUGGACACUAUCUGGAGACUUGUGCAGUAGAGCUCUCUGGAGCAGGCCUAGAUGUGUAGUGGCAAAAUGUUCAACUAAGACAUGCACAGGUUUCAGUACUUCACUGCGCUGGAUGAAGAGACACAAAUUUGUUUGUUAGAUUUUGUAUUGAAUGAAUGCUGUAAAUGAUAACUCUCAUUUGCUUUCUUUGAGUAGUUGCAUAUUUUAAUGAAAUCUGAAGGUAUUGAUUUUAUACUUUGGGUUUGUUGCUUUUUUGUAGAAUUCCUAAUGUAGAUGUAGUUUUGAUAUUUGUUACUAAUAAUGAGUUAUAGAAAAAAAUUGUAGAAUCAAGUUAUAUCCUUGAUUUUAAGGUAAACGUGAACUGCUAUGUAAAAUAUUACCAGAAUCAUGGUCACAUCUACAAGCUGACUGCAAAAGCUUGUUUUUAUGAAUUAGUUUGGAAAGUAAAACUGUGAAAGAAAGUGAAUUUGCGUAUGUUUCAUAAUGUAAUGUGUAACAGGUAACUUUGGUCGGAUUUGAAGAAAAGCUUCAAAUGCAAUUCAGUGUGUUAUAGAAUGAGACUUUGUAUAUGACACAAACAUGAUCCACUAGCUGUAUUAUUAUGCCUCAUCUAUAUGUAACAGCAGAUUUGAUUGGAUCAUGUUGAUCACAUGACUUUAAAAUAAAAUGUUGUGUUUCCCUCUCAUUAUAGUUUCCCCUGGUCAUAUUUUCCCACAUUUGGGGGCCUCAAGUUAAAAAAAUCUGUAAAAAUUAUUACCCUGAGUUUUGAUUGAUUAAAACAGAAAAAUCAAUGAAUUAUACUGUUAUUGUACUAUCUCUGUAAAAUAGAAUACGUAUGAUUUAUCAAUUAUAUUAAUGAAAUUUUGUUCGCAGAAAUGCGAGAUGAACCAUGGUAUGAGAGUUUCCCCUACAACAUUUCAUUUUACGAUUUGCCAAAACAAGACCUAUUGUAUAAAAAAAAUUGAUAACAAUUUCCAUUUUAUUGAGACUUUUGACUUUGUUUAGUUUCUACAAUUUAUACGUCAUCAAGAAAACUCAUUAAAAUGUUAGUGUAUUGUAGUUUAGAUAUUAAAGAAAUCAUAAUCACUCGACACAUUUUCACAAAAGUAGUUUUAGAUAUUUGUGUCAUGAGCAGGCAUGGUUUGUCUUUGCGAUACCUUUUGGUUUUGAUUUAGGUUCCUUCUGUUGGGUUCUGGAUUGUGGUUGGUUGGUAUUUCGUGGACUUGUACGCAAGGAUUUUUGAUAGUGAAUUGAUAAGUGGAUGUGUAUCAAUUAGAGAGGGAACAUGUGGAUCAUUUGUGUUUGUCUUUAAUUUAUUUCCUUAUAGUAUUGUUUAUUUUGAUAGACGAUCAUGGUUUUUUCUUUUGUAUGCCAUCAUUUGUCAUGCGGUAAUGUAAUAAUAUAACAGGGUUAUUUGGAUCUGAUAAUGUCUGCUUCAAAAUUUAUAUGACCUGCAACAAAUGUUCUUGCGACUUUGCUUGCAAUGCAUAAGUGUUGCUGUAUACUUAGUUAUUUAUGCAUGAAGAUAUCAGAUCACUGUUUACUGGGGAAAUUUUGAUGCGGUUUAAUUUCCGCAAUUUUCAGUUCCGCAAUAAGGACAAAUUCAUUAUGACAGCUAAUAUUAGUACAUGGUUUACCCUAUAUAGUAAUUACCCGUGAAGAGUGAAAUUUACACUAGUGACUAUUCGACUGGGCAAAAAUUCCCAGUAUACAAUAUAACUAAUGGUAUAUAUGUCUGCCUUAAUAUAUACCUGUCUGUAAUGAACAUAUAUUGUAAGGCUCUAGUAGGAUUGCUUUCUACAGAGAAAAUUGUCGGGUCUCGCACAAAAUUUGUUAUAUAUACAUGUACUGUAUUUAUCCUGUAAUAAGGGCAGGGGCCCCAACACAUAUUCUCUGACUGAAAGUAGUGGGUGGACUUAUUACAGGACAAAGAAAAAGCUUUUGUUGGCAUUUCUUCCAAACAGCAAUAUAUAUUGGUGGGCUUAUUACCAGGCAUGGGCUUAUUGCUCGAUAAAUACGGUACAACACAAUGAAAUUCAUGCAGGGCAUUUUAUAUAUACAUACAAUCAUGUAAAUAAUUGAAGUUGAAAUUUCCCUCAUUCAGGCUUUAAUUUACACAUGGUUCCUGUUUUGUAUCAUAAAAUUAAUUGAAGCAAAAAUUUCCCUCAUGCAGAAUGUCUUAUGCUUGUAUGUGACCACCUAGAUAACACCCUGAAAAACAAGUGCUAGUUGAAUUACUUUUAGUUUAAAUACUGGUAUCGUUCCAAAUCCAGAUCGAAGCAUGAUACUCGUAAAUCAUACAUUCAAUGUGAUAAAGUGUAUGUGAGGAACAGGAUCAUGUAUCUUAUACUGUGAUGUGAUUAGAUCGUGUAUGCAAUCAAGGGCAGAUAAUUCAUCUCAUGUUUUUCUUGAUUGAUUACCAAGUUGGUCCAGAGAUGUACAUAAACAAAAUGAUUCUGUGUCUCUGAUAGAUGUUGAAGUUUAGGAAAAACCUUUUUUAGUCUUGGAAGGCUUUGUACUCAUCAGAUUUAAAAAAAAAUCAUCGUUAUUGCAUAUUGAAUGUAAUCAUAUAGGUUUUUGAGUGUUAAAAAAUGGUAUGAAACCACUUAUACAUGUAUAUGUGAAAUCAUUUUGAUUUUUGUUUUGCUUUAUUUCCAUCAUUUUGACUUGUUUUCUUGUACUGAUGCAGUACUUUUAGAAAAGAUUCAAUUCUAAGCCAUCUUGUAAUUCUGGAACAAUGUAUUAAUUGAUUCAGAGGUAUCCUUGUGUGUACAGGGGAUACCAUUUACCAUUGGGUAUUGAUUGCUAUACUCUUUGAAUUUCUGUACUACAUUAUAGGCAAACUAUUUGUCUUAAAAGACAAAAUUUGCUAAAUAAAACAUACUGUGUGUGAAA